AGUGUGACUCAGUGGGUUGGUCUGAAGGAGAAUACAUGGACUGCACAAUGCGACUGGGAAAUACACCCACAGAUGCCAGUGAAUGCGUUCUCUAUUGGAUUGUUGGAGGCUGGCUGUAUUGAUCAGUUGAUACUAGUCUGGAGAUUAAUUGGCGAUAGGGUCGCAGACGGUUCCACCAGAAUCAUGCAGUGUUGGCAGCAGCCGACAUGAAUGACAAAUAAAGGAGAUAUUCGCGAUAUUCGAGCGAACAACACAAGCACCAAGCGCAGAGGAUUGUGUAGACAUCUAUCGGACUUGAAUCAAGCCACGCAUAACGUCGCCUCGGAUCGGAUGGACCUCCCUCGCCGUUGUUAGAAAACACGCAAACGGACUACAGAAUCAAACAUUGGUGAAUUUGGUGAAUGUAAUAGAUUGAAGUGUUAAAGCGUUUAUUUUGUCAGGCGAGACCUGAAAAACUUCCACAAUGGCUCUGGUCAUGGAGCCUGUGAGCAAGUGGAGUUCGAGUCAAGUGGUGGACUGGAUGAAAGGGCUGGAUGACUGUCUGCAGCAGUACAUUAAGACGUUUGAGAGGGAGAAGGUGGGGGGAGAUCAGCUGCUUCGUAUCACUCACCAGGAGCUGGAGGACCUGGGAGUGUCCCGUAUCGGACACCAGGAGCUCAUCCUGGAGGCUGUGGAUCUACUCUGUGCUCUGAACUACGGUUUGGAGACAGAGAAUCUGAAGACUCUAUCCCAUAAGCUUAAUGCCUCAGCCAAGAACCUGCAGAACUUCAUCACAGGGCGGCGUCGCAGUGGUCACUAUGACGGCCGUGCCGCCCGCAAGCUGCCCAAUGACUUCCUCACCUCUGUGGUGGACCUCAUCGCUGCAGCCAAGAGCCUGCUGGCAUGGCUGGAUAGGUCUCCGUUCGCAGCAGUGGCAGACUACUCCAUGACAAGAAACAAUGUGAUUCAGCUGUGUCUAGAGCUCACCACGAUUGUACAGCAGGACUGUUCUGUGUAUGAGACCGAAAAUAAGAUUCUGCAUGUGUGUAAGACUCUAUCUGGAGUGUGUGAUCACAUCAUCUCUCUGUCCUCUGACCCGAUGGUGUCUCAGUCAGCCCAUUUGGAGGUAGUUCAGCUGGCCAACAUCAAGUCUACUGAGGGACUGGGCAUGUACAUCAAAUCCACAUAUGACGGCCUGCAUGUCAUCACUGGAACUACAGAGGGAUCUCUGGCUGACCGCUGUAAGAAAAUCCACGCAGGCGAUGAAGUCAUCCAGGUCAAUCAUCAGACAGUGGUGGGCUGGCAGUUGAAGAACUUGGUGAAUUCUUUGCGCGGGGAUCCCGGGGGUGUUAUGCUGACUCUGAAGAAGCGCCCACAGAGUACACUCACAUCCACCCCAGCACUACUGAAGAACAUGAGAUGGAAACCCUUAGCCCUGCAACCCAUCAUCCCUCAGAGCCCCAGCAGCAGUGUGGCCACGCCCACCAGUACCCUGAGCACCCCGUCCAGGAGAGACAGCUGUGCCCUGCAGGACCUCUUCAUCCCCCCGCCCCCUGAUGAACCAUACACCCCCAGAGAUGACAAGGGGAAUCUACCAGGUGACGAUGACCUUCAAGCUGAAGUCCCGGUAGCCAAGGGCUCUGAGUCCCCCAACUCCUUCCUGGACCAGGAGUGUCGCCGACGUUUUCCUCUGGUGGAGGAGGAUGCCGUUCUCUACUGCUACGAGUACGACCAGAACCAUGGACCUCCACCUGCCCGCAGAGACAGCACCCCCACUUAUGGCAGGCUUAGGCCCAUCUCCAUGCCAGUGGAAUAUAACUGGGUGGGAGACUAUGAAGACUCGGCCAAGCUGAAAAGAGAGAGCAGGAGAGAAAACUCCUUGCUGCGCUAUGUGAGUCAGAGUGAGGACAAGGCCAUGCCAGAGGAGUACAUGACAGGACGCAGCAGGAAGAAGAGUGACAAAAGCAGCCCUGCCCACUACGCCCUCCACCCAGCCCUCCAGAUGGAGGUCUCCAUGUCCACAUCCAGCUCUGACUCUGCCUCCCUCUACCAUAUGUUUGAACGAUCCUCGCUGCUCUCAAGGUCUAGGAAGAAAAGUAAAGGUGGCUCUCUGUCCUCCAUCAGUAAGAGGCGUAUCUCCUGUAAGGACCUGGGACGUGGGGACUGUGAGGGCUGGCUGUGGAAGAAGAAGGAUGCUAAAAGUUAUUUCUCCCAGAAGUGGAAAAAGUACUGGUUCAUCCUGAAAGAUACCUGCCUGUACUGGUACAUGAAUGAGGAGGAUGAAAAGGCAGAGGGCUUUGUAAGUCUCCCUGAAUUCAAGAUUGAUCGUGCAUCUGAGUGCCGUAGGAAGUAUGCUUUCAAGGCCUGCCAUCCAAAGAUCAAGAGUUUCUACUUUGCAGCAGACAAUGUGGAUGACAUGAAUAGGUGGCUGAGUCGUUUGACCAUGGCAGUGGCAGGUUACUCGGAGCAGGAGAGGAUCCGACAGGACCAGGACUACUGGAGUGAAAGUGAUCAUGAGGACACGGAGAUGCCGUCAACCAUACCCAAACAGGACAGCCCUCCACCCCCCUACGACAGCUACCCCAGGCCCCCCUCGGUGUCCCAGAUGAGUCCAUACCUGGAGCCCAAACACGGCCGCCUCUCCUCUGAAACCUUCCAGUCACACUCCUCUCAUGAGGAGUUCCACCCCGAGCCACAGGAGGGCAGCGGGAGCGGCUCCCCUGGUCAGAAGUCUUCCAGUCAACGGCGUUCGUGGCAGGACUUGAUUGAGACUCCCCUGGGCAGCACGGGGCUCCACUACCUGCAGACCCUGCCCCUGGAGGAGGCCCUGCUGCGUUCCCCUGGAGGAGGUGGCCUUUCUGUGGAGUACCGCCGCCAGUCAACCCUCCCUGCUCAGCGCAGCCUGAUGCAGGAGCACUAUGGCCCACUGCCCCUGCAACUCAGCCCCAGUGUCCCUGUAGAGGCUGGGGGGAAACCCCGUAGCUUCACCCUUCCCCGAGACAGUGGGCUCCAUGCCAUCCUCUCAGCCUCGGCCAGCGCCUCUGACCACACGGACCACCACCGCUACCAGCUGGCCAGAGACACAGGCUGCGAGCGGGAGGGACGUCCUCAGGCUGACUCUUUGGGGGACCUGUACCGGGCCCUGGAGAGGGCCAACCUGUCCUCCAUAGGCGAUCACCGGCCCUCCUCCCGUCUGGAGUACAAACGCUCCUUCGUCCGCCGCGUCAACGACCCACUGCUCAGUGAAAAGCUGCACCGUCUCCGCAUCCUACAGAGUGCUCUCAAGAAUGUCCCUCUUCAGGACUCUGACCCAUCGUUGGGUUUUUUAGGAUAGCCUAUGUGGAACAGACCAUGGACACAGCAGCGCCAUUACAGUCAUCCCAUACAUCCUGCCAAGGGACGUGCCCUUACUGCCCUACCCCAGACAUCCCCUCAUCACUGGAAGACAACCAUAACAACCAGUGUUACACCCCUCUCUUUCUCUCUCUCUUUCUCUCUCACACACUCACUCAAUCUCACUCUCUCUGCAUGCCCACAUCUGCUUCUAAGGACCUUUCCUCAUGCAAAAUAAUUUGUUCAGUGAGCAAAAUAACGAUAACAUAUUAAAUAAAUGGGAUGACUAAUUAUCCAAGUUUGCAUCAUAAAAUGCGUGCAAUGCAUGUUCACACUAUUUACUUAAACUCUGGUUCAAUAAUAGUCUUCUUCUCAUUGACAUUGUUAAUCCUUUGACGCGUACAAUCACAUUGUGAUCAUUGUUGAGUGGUCCCUGCAGCGUGCGAUCUCAAAUACGUGAUUGGAACAGUAGUAACAGAAUGUAUGAUGCAACAAACGCGUCUAAACACCAUUGUUGUCUGAACAGCAUCUAAAUAUUUUUGUUGUAUUGAUGGAAAAUAAAGUUCUUAAACUUUAUUCCUCAAUUUUAUAUUUUAUUGUAAAAGAUAAAUGCGAACUUCAUCAUCCAAGCAUCACACGGAACACAUCCACAGCCAAACUCAUUCCAUAAACCAGUCUAAAUAACAGGUUGCGCUGACAAUUUUUUUUAACUGAAGUUAGUGACCUAACAGCUAGGCUAGUUUACAAUGUACCACAUCUCUGGUGAGCAUGAGACUAACGUAAUGUUGUUUAGAAAAGAAAUGCGUGUCAGCUAUGCUAACAACAGCUCAAUUCUUUAAGAUGGCAGCCAUGUUGGUUUACGUUUGACAAGCAAAAACUCUCUAAUCCCAGAAUGCUAUUCACUAUAAAACGCAAAUAAACAAAAUCAAAGAUUGCUGCGCUUAUUGCCUGAAAAAUAUUAACUUAGUUCAGCCACUUUUCAGCAUAUUACAAAUUGUUGAUGUACUUGUUACAGUGUAUACAAGAACUGGAGCACAUGACUUGACAAGUCAUUAACCGUUUCUGACAGAUCACAAAGCAAAUAAAGGUUUUUACCUCGCAGAGCAUCACAUCAAAUACAAGCCUACUGCCUAGCCUAACCAUAGUGCAAAACCUAAACAGGGAUGAAACCAUUUUAGGGGGGUUUGUGGGAGGGUUCCUUUCAUUUGUGGGGGGUUUUCAAAUCCAUUAGGGGUAGAAAUGGGGGAAGGUAUCUUGUGGGGAUAGGAUGCAGGAAAUACUACUAAGAUGGGGGAUUUAUCAAUAAAUGGGGGGCAAACACAAGAAGGUUAUAAAUAAAAAUAAACCCCCUGGAAAGAGGGAUCGGAGCUGGUAACCCUGAGGUACCAAAGUUACAAUCUGAUGCCGCGUUCAAGACAACUGGGAACUUAGGAAAAAAGUUUUGAACAGUUAUCCAAUUCGGAAUUCCUACUUGGGAACUCGGGCCUCUUUCUAGAGCUCCAACUUUCUGACCCAAAGAUCAUUGAUGCCAUGAUUUUGCCUAGUUUUUUUCAGAGUUCACAGUUGUCUUGAAAGUACCAUAAGUCAGUCGAGUUGUUAUAACAUCUUUGGUCUGACAGACGCUAACGUGACAAACAGAAUGUUCACAAACAUGGCGCCUCACAUAGCCAGCAAAUAGCUUAGCAUUAGCUCAUCAUAAUCAGUACAACAUUCAAGUAUUUUACACGCAUCAUAUGUGUCCAUUACAAUCUAUGCAAGAAUCGGAAUACGUUAUUUGUCACCAGUACUUGAAAACAUGUUACUAAAAGAGUAAACACAUUAUGAUCCAUACAAAUAUCUUGAUCGUGAUGUGUGUUUUGUCCUAUAUUUGUAUUACAUUUAAAUUGAUUUUUAAUCCCAGCCCCCGUCCCCGCAGGAGGCCUUUUGCCUUUUGGUAGGCUGUCAUUGUAAGUAAGAAUUUGUUCUUAACUGACUUGCCUUAUUAAAUAAAGGUUAAAUAAAACAUAAAUAAUAUGAUAUACAGAAAAUAAGCCGCUUACUUCGAUAGGAACGUACACAUGUCCAAAGUCCAAUUUGUAAGACAAAGAACCAGCCAGAAAAUGUGCUGGGGGAAAACGUUUGUGCAAGGCCUGUUUUGAUGAGAGAUGCGCAAUAUCUUGGGCUCAAGUUGAAGAGAGAAGUUUGUCUGCUCAGUAAAGCCUCAAACAUAAAUUGUCAGCAAGAGUGAAAUGGGCUACUUCUUAUGCAAAUUAACGAGGAGGCGGAACACACCUCAAUCCAAACUUGUUAGAAAAAUGUUGAAAUUGACAAGUCGAAACAUAGCCUAUUGAUAAUUAGCAGGCAGCGUGCCUUGGUUUGAGGGCAGCGCAGGUAACUGUCCUGUUGUGUAACAAUCACAUUUUGGAACAGUGAGAGCAUUCUGACAUCACGCUCAUGAAAAAACUCACGCAGGGGCGACAGUUAGAGAUAUUUGGAACUCAAGUAUGAAAAGGUUAAAGGAAAGUUACAGCAGAAAUUGCACUGUAGUGAGGCCAGGAUUCAAUCAGAUCAGCGUUAACCCACGGUAACCGACAAAUGCAUGGCUUAACCUUUCUGGCGCAGGCUUUCCGCUAGCGACCCACCUCGACAACAUCCGGUGAAAUUGCAGAGCGCGAAAUUUAAAUGACAGAAAUAGUCAUAUUUAACUUUCAUGAAAAUACAAGUGUCAUACAUCAAAAUAAAGCAUAACUUCUUGUUAAUCCUGUGUCAGAUUUCAAAAAGGCUUUAGGACAAAAGCACACGAUGCGAUUAUCUGAGGACAGCGUCCCGAACACAAAUGCAUUAAAAACAUUUUCCAACCAGACAGGUGCGCCACGAAAGUCAGAAAUAGCGAUAAGAUAAAUGCCUUACAUUUGAAGAUCUUCUUCUUUUGGCACUCCAAAAGGUCCCAGCUACAUCACAAAUGGUCCUUUUGUUCGAUAAAGUCCUUCUUUAUAUCCCCCAAACUCGCUUCAUUCAAUAAUCCACCGGUUUCCCUCCUUCACAAUGCAUACAAAAUUAAUCCCGAACGUUACCAAUAAACUUCUCCAAACAAGUCAAACAACAACGUAGAAAGACUACACAUUCUAGCUAAUUUUUCCAAAAACAAGCCUGAAACUCUUUCUAACGACUGUUAACAUCUAGUGGAAGCCCUAAGAACUGUAAUCUGGGAGAUUUUCGCCUCAUAUUAAAAAUGAUAGCUAUUAUAAACAGUGGUAAGCUGAGUCUUUUUUUUUUGUUGGGAUCGUUUGUCCUCGGGUUUUCACCUGCCAUAUCAGUUCUGUUAUACUCACAGACAUUAUUUUAACAGUUUUAGAAACUUUAGAGUGUUUUCUAUCCAAAUCUCUAUAUAUAUGCAUAUCCUAGCUUCUGGGCCUGAGUAACAGGCAGUUUACUUUGGGCACGCUUUUCAUCCAGACGUCAAACUACUGCCCCCUAGCCCCAAAGAGGUUUAAAUAUUGCUUUUGUUUAGGCGGUGGAAGAUUGACUGUGUUGGAGCUGUCAAAAGCAAUAUUUAGCUAUGCGUUUGUCACUACCGGGGUUAGCGCUGAUCUGAUUGAAUCCUGGCCUGUGUUUGAUGGUAUUUUUUUGCACAAUUCAUUGUUUUGUAUGAGGAAAAUAUCACGUUAUGUGUCUUUACGCCCAUCUCCCUCCACCUAUUUCAGAGGCUCUUCAACACACAUACAUCUCACUCUGGGUUUCUGUCCACCCCAUCUCGUUGACUCACUCACUCACUCUCCCACUCGCACUCAGAACAUUGUCUGUGGAGGAAUGUAUUGUUUGAUUUAUUUUUCUAGAAGGCAACCAUGACAUCCACAGCCUUUUCUGGUUUGAUAAUAUUGGAUAUUUCCACCCAUCUGAAAGACUGCAUUAGUGGGGCGCCCUUUAACUCACUGCUCACCUGCAUGGCCAUGUUAGAAUCUUCUGCUUCUGUACAGUACUGUCUGUUCUGAAGACUAUGCCAGGGUUGUGCACAGUAUCACUACAAUUAAUCUUGAUCCUAAAUUAACUAUAAUAAGCAAUUGUAUUUUUGAUGUCUACAAUGUUUAUGUUAUGCAUGUGUGAAUGGUAAAUGAGUAUGUGCUGUAUGUCUGUGUGUUAUGAGAGUGUACAGUAUGUUAAGCGUAUAUAUUUAUUUCAUAAACUGGAUAUCACGCAACUGCUAUGUCAGCACAAAAUGCAAGGAGAUUAUCUUUCAACUUCAGUGUUGUGCCUCAGAGAUUCUGAAAGUAUUAACACUCCAGGACUGGGUGAACAUAGAUUAUGGCUGCAGGGUGGAAUUUCUCUCUUAUAAUAAACAGAAACUGGUGCACAGAGAAGAGGACUGGCAAUAAUAAACCAGUACUGUAAAUUGUGAAGCAUUGAUCAGAAACACGUGUUUAUUUUUGUAUGCAUGCUAUCUAUCCAAAUGUUUGUAAAUGGUUUUGUAUUCCGAGGUGUGUGUGUGUGAUCUGGAAACUGCUGGUGUGAACCCAUCGUCCACAUUGUGUUUCAAAGAAAUAUUUUACAUUUUAAGUAAAAGCGACAGGAGAAAGUGUUUGUUUUUGAAGUGAUCUCUGCUAAAAGGUAAAUAACUGUAUUUAUAAACUGUUCAAUGUUUGAGCAUGCUUUGUAUAACUUAAACAGAAUACCAUGCCAUUUGAAAUAUAUGGAAGUUGCACAUGUUUGCCGUAUUGUGGCUAAUUUACUUUUUUAUUCAAUAAUAAUAAACAAAGGCUUGUCCAUCUCCAGAACUCUCCCUUAAUGAUGAUUCCUCCAUUUCAAAUGUUUUCUUUGGUGCUCUAUUCUUGAUGAGGGGACAAGGGCGGAUUGGCCAUCAGAGCUGGACCAUUUU